AUGAAUAUUGCUCCGCGAAAACGGGCCAUGCCGCUGGUGCCAGAACCGUUCGAGCAUUUAUCCGUCGGGACACGGCCUCUCUUCCUCGGCAUUGAGCCGUUAGCCCCCAAAUGGGGCCGAUUCUGCCCCAAUCUUGACAUUCCACAAUACAGGGAACCUCUGAGCACAGAGAAGAAGACGGAGCUUGACAAGAGGGCAGCCAAACUAUCCAAGCGAGCGAUAGUCAACCAACUUUACAAGUCUUCCGAGUUUGGCUGGGAAGUCUGCGCCUGGCACGAUGUUUUCGGUUUGGUUAUGGAUGAUCAAGCGCUCAGAAUGUCAGUCACUCUCGGUAGUCAGGUUGUCUGGGAUAAGAGGCCGUACGAAUAUGUAGCGACGGACGACGAUGGGCAACGCUGUGUAAAAACACGAAUUCCGGAUGCGACACUGGGCUUGACAGCAUACGACACAUUCGACUUCAACUUCAGCCGCGAUCAUGUUUGUACUGGCCCUGACUGCGACGUGGACCACACGACCGAGCCGGACACGAGGUUGUCUCAGGACCGCCUGGUUGCCAUGAUGCACACUCGCGAGUGCGGCCUCGUUGUGGACGGCUCAUGGGGGAAUGCCGAUAUCGUAUUUCCUUUUGCGGCCUACGAGGCCAAGAAACGAGCGAUGGGCUACGAAGCCGCCAAAGAGCAGAUUCGUCAUGCAUGCAGGACGUAUCUCGCCAUGCUAGACGACCUGGUCCGGAAUCCCGACAACGUAACCGAAUAUCAGACAGAAGACAGCUCCAAGUACCAGUUCUUUGCAUUGACGUCUUGCGGUUCGUUCUGGGAAGUUUAUCUGGCUUGGAACUUCCUGGAUAGAUGUCACGUAGAAACCAUCUGGGAAGGGGACGUCAAAGACUUCAGCCGCGCAUUCGAUCUGAUAUGCAUAGUGGACCAGAUACACGACUAUGCCCUCCAGGUCCAUCGCCCAUUUGUCAUGCGACACUUGGAAGCAUGGCAUGCCCGGCACGAGAAGUUUCUAGAGCCCGAGGGGCCGUCUCCCAACACACUUCGUGCUGAAAACCAUGGAGACGGGCCAGCUGAUAUGGAAUCGGGAGCCACCGGCGGCAAGAGCCACGAUGGUUCUAGCAGCAUGAGGUCGAUCCAGAUCGAGGAAAGUCUGGACAUGGAUGAUUUCGGAAAAAGGCCCGAAUGGUUCUACCUUAAGAAAGCAUCAUUGGCGAGGAGAAGAAACAAGGCACAGAUGACACGCGAGCACUACAUGGACCUCCGUAAAUUCGCCCAAGCCCGCCAGGUCAUGGACGCUGGCCCACUGCCCGCGCAGGAAGAAGCCACGAAUGGGAGUCUGAAGCGAGGCCACGGUGGGCCACGGAAGACUGGUAACAAGGUUGUGAAGGCUACCAUAGCGCAAAGCUCCUCUGGCGGCACUCGCAGGUCUGCACGGUUGCGGGCCAAAGGGGGCUAA